CUUUGAUCUUCGACGCACGCGAUGGACGUGCUCAAGAAAUUCCUGGCUCAGUAUCACGACUACCUCCCACCUCACUCAAUCUACACCUCUGCCCGUGAUCCGGCGGUAUACACAGCCUACCUCCGUUUCUUCCAACUUUUCCCAUUGGUCGCACCGGUGGUCUUCGUGAUCGAUGCCCCUCAUGGUCGCUUCUCCCUCCAAAACUCCAAACUCAACAUCCCCGGCCGAUGGGGCUGGAUGCUUAUGGAACUCGUCUCGCCUCUGGCAUUCCUCUCGACAUACCUCUCUGCACCAAAAAGAGCAGGAGGUUUGGUGAAUUACGUCCUGGUUGCGUCGUAUCUGUUGCAUUAUGCCAAUCGAGCUGUCAUUGGGCCGAUGUUUAGGGCACCGAGCAUGAAACCGAUGCAUGUGAGUGUUUUUGGGUCUGCGGUGCUGUUUAAUUAUAUCAAUGGGCUUCUUCUUGGUGCCUACUUUGCCUCAUCGCCCAGCGCACAUCUACCAAACACACAAGUAGCCAUUGGGCGUUUUCUUUGGACAGUCGGAUUCAUUGGGAACUUCUACCACGACGAGAUCCUAUACUCCCUCCGUCGAGACAAACAGAAGAGCCAGAGUGACAAGAGCACACAGGACAGGGGCGAUUAUUCAAUUCCGCAUGGAGGUCUUUACUCCCUCAUCAGUGUCCCCUCAUAUUUCUGUGAGUGGAUUGAGUGGACGGGGUUCGCGCUGGCGUCGACUCCGUUGACUUGGGCAGGAGCAUUGGCGAGCGCUCCAUUGGCGUUCGUAGCAGCGGAGGUAGGAGCGAUGCUACCGAGAGCUUGGAAAACGCAUCGGUGGUAUACGGAGAAGUUUGGGAAGGACUAUCCGGAGGGACGGAAGGCCGUGAUUCCCUGCGUUUUCUGAGCGUGCCGGGAAGGCAAGCAACGAACAAUUGGAACUGUAUCCGAGGAAAUCAAGCAUCGGAAACUGUCUUAGACCAGUCGGGUAGCCAUUCGAAAUAGAAUUACAGGGUCC